CAAGCCAGAGCGCUUGCGAGAGAGAGGGGGGAGGGAGAAAGCGGGCAGCGAGCGCCUUCGGGAGACUUUUGCGGAGCAGCCGUGCGGCGGAGGAGGCUGCGGGUGGGAGCUGGCUGCAGGAAGAGGCGACGUGGGAUCCGGCGUUCUCCUUCCUUCCCGAACUCCUUCCUACUUCGCACGUGGUACUUAAUCCAGCAAGUCUGCAAGAUUGCAGCUCUAGUUACAAUUGUGUGGGUUCCUUUCCUCAGUUUUGAGACUGGUCUUCAUUGUUUCCGAGUGCAAAGGGUAUCUAACAUUUUCAACAGCCUGAAUCAAGUAGCAGCAGAAAAACUUUGAACAAUCAUCCAUCAUGAAUGUAUUUAACGAAGGUUGAAAAACAUAAAAGAAGAUCAUGGGGAAUUCUUAUGCAGGGCAAUUAAAAUCUGCCCGUUUUGAAGAAGCUCUUCAUAACUCCAUAGAGGCCUCCCUCAGAUGUAAUAGUGUGGUUCCUCGGCCCAUCUUCUCCCAGCUCUAUCUUGAUCCUGAGCAACCUCCUAUUUUGCCGGAAGGUAACCAAGCAAAUGUGAAACCAAAAGUGGAAGAGCUAGACAAAGAAUUGAUGCAUCGUUACACUCAGAAUGGAAGUUUGGAUUUUUCCACCAGCCAGACUAUUAAUGAAACAGAAGAAGAUGAGGAGGAUGAAGACAUGUCUGAUUCCAGUAGUCCACCAAUCCCAUAUGCACAGAAACCUGCCCCAGAAGGAUCUUGCACUACUGAUGGUUUUUGUCAAGCCGGCAAAGAUUUGCGAUUAGUAUCGCUGCGUAUGGAACAGAUUGAUAUUCCACCAGGCUUCCUGUUGGUUGGAGCUAAGUCUCCAAAUCUUCCUGAGCAUAUUCUAGUCUGUGCUGUUGAUAAAAGAUUUCUGCCAGAUGACCAUGGGAAAAAUGCACUUUUAGGUUUUUCUGGAAAUUGUAUAGGCUGUGGAGAAAGAGGAUUUCGGUAUUUCACUGAAUUUUCAAACCACAUUAAUUUGAAACUCACCACUCAGCCAAAGAAGCAGAAGCACUUAAAGUACCACCUAAUAAGAAAUGCUCAAGGUGUGCUGUCAAAGGGACCUCUUAUAUGUUGGAAAGCUGCUUUACUUGCAGAAUGUAGAAGCAGGCACUCUUCUGUUGCUAGUCAUUCUGCUAAACCUAGUUCUUCAGCAUCUCCAUCUGUGACUCCUGAGAGUGGAACAACCAAUGGAUACAAGCCAGGGUUCACCCAGACAGAGAUCUCGGUAUUCAGUGAAGCACAGUCUUCCUCUGCUGUUAAUUUAAGUGGAAUUCAAGAUUUGACUCGGAAUAAGAACAUAGUGAGACCACUUGCUUUGCCUGGACAACUUGUAGGAAACACAUUUGCAACAGCUACCCUGACAAGUUCUGGCCCACCCAAGAAACGACACCGAGGAUGGUCUCCUGGAUCCCCAGCCCUUCCUCCUGGUGUAAUUGUGCCUGUUCCUGCUAUCCGGCCUCUUCCAAGAGCAGAGCCUCUUUUAUCUGUCCCAGUUCCGCAAUCAAUGUUAACUGGAAUUUUACAGCCUCAACCCAUCCCUGCAGGGGAGACUGUAAUAGUUCCUGAAAAUCUGCUGAUUAACUCUGGAAUCAGACCAGUGAUUCUAAUAGGUUAUGGCACUUUACCUUAUUUCUAUGGGAAUGUUGGAGACAUUGUAGUAAGUCCAUUGCUAGUGAAUUCCUACAAGAUUCCUCAGCUGGAAAAUAAAGAUUUGGAUCUUUUUGGUUUAACUGGGAAUCAGUUACUAAGUGUGGAGAACAUGAUUAUUUUAACAAUACAGUAUCUUGUCUGGCUAGGUCCUGAUAAGAUACCUCUCAGGGAAGAAUUUGAACAGAUCAUGCUGAAAGCUAUGCAGGAAUUUACUUCAAGGGAACAAUCCUUACAAAUGAAUGCGCCGAGCACCUCCUUGUCGCCAGCUCAACUUCCAUGGCUUGCUAAGUUAAUUGCUAGCGUUUCCCAAGACAUGGUACAUGUGGUGGUUACUCAGAAUUCCUUGGCAGAAGGCAUUUCUGAAACACUGCGGUCACUGACUGAAAUGAAGCACCAACAGAAGGUGCCCGAUUAUGUGGUUGCUAUCUGCACCUCGAAGAUCAGAGGAAGUGAGUUCUGUGUGAUAGUUUUAGGUCAAUACCAGUCUAGAGCUCUGGCAGAGAGCAUGCUUACCACCAGUGAGUUUUUAAAGGAGAUAAGUUACGAGCUCAUUACAGGAAAAGUUAGUUUUCUGGCAUCACAUUUCAAAAACACAUCUUUAGGUGACGAGUUGGACAAGUUAUUAGAGAUGAUGCAACAGAGACGGGGAGAUAACGUCGUUAUUCCGUUCAGUGGAGAUGUUAAUGAAUGUGUAUCAUCUCAAGAAGCAGCUGCCAUGGUUUCCACUCAAGUACUGGACUUUGAUUCUGAAACUUUCCAGAUUUAUCAACCACAACUCACAGUUGCCAGAAAGCUCUUGUCACAAGUGUGUGCCAUAGCAGAUAGUGGCAACCAAAGUCUGGAUCUGGGCCACUUCAACAAAGUAGAUUUUAUUGUUGUCAUUCCUCAUUCAGAGGUCCUUGUUCAACAAACCAUCCAGCGGAUUCGACAAUCAGGUGUUCUUGUAGAUUUAGGGCUUGAAGAAAGUGGAGCAGCUUACCAAAGAGCAGAAAAAUAUGUUGUGCAGCUUGACAAUGAGGUCCAAACCAAGUUUGAUAGCUUCAUGAGACGAGUGAAACAGAAUCCAUAUACUCUUUUUGUGCUUGUGCAUGACAAUGCUCAUGUGGAUCUAACAAGUGCUAUCUCAAGCUCUCUGUCUCAUGGAGAGCCUUGUCAAGGACUUGCUGAUAGAGUGAUAAACUGCAGAGAAGUCCUUGAAGCUUUCAAUCUCCUUGUCCUCCAAGUGAGUUCUUUCCCAUAUGCUCUUCAGACUCUCCAAUCCCGAAUCAACUCAGCGAACGAGGUGCACUGGGUACAGUUUGGCAAUAUGGAGGAAAUAACCCAAGAUGAGAAAUUGUACUUUGGCUUGAAUGAAUACAGCAAGUCUCUGCAAUGGGGAAUCACAAGCCCUCUUCUGAGAUGUGAUGACAUUUUUGAAAAAAUGGUGAAUACACUCUUAGAGAGGUAUCCCAGGCUGCACAGUAUGGUGAUUCGUUGCUACCUCCUCAUUCAGCAGUAUUUGGAAGCCUUGAUGGCUCUCACUACCAUGUCCUCACUAAGAGACCACAGCACACCAGAAACGCUCAGCAUAAUGGAUGAUAUCAUCACUGCUCCUGGCAAGGAUAAGAAUGGCUGCGGCCACAUGUUAGUGAUCCGAAUUCCUUCCGUGCAACUGGCAAUGCUGGCAAAAGAGAGGCUGCAAGAAGCACGAGAUAAACUAGGUCUACAGUAUCGUUUUGAGAUCAUUUUGGGGAACCCAGCUUCAGAGCUUAUGGUUGCCAAGCACUUUGUGAAAAGAUUAAAGGCAUGGAGAGGAAAUGAAGAAGAUGAUUGGCUUCCUCAUACGUACCAAGAUUUAGAAGGUCUACCUUGCAUUGUUGUUUUAACUGGCAAGGAUCCAUUAGGAGAAACAUUUCCCAGGUCUUUGAAAUACUGUGAUCUUCGACUGAUUGAUUCAAGCUAUUUAACUCGCACAGCCUUAGAACAAGAAGUAGGCCUAGCAUGCUGCUAUGUUUCCAAGGAGGCAGUUCGAGGACCUAUUGUAGCUCUUGACCUUAGUGAAAAGGAGCAAGAGAAGACCAGCAUUGGUGAGAAUGAUACUGAUGAGCUGUUGAUUGACUUGGAGAGGCCACAAAGUAACAGCAGUGCUGUGACUGGAACUUCAGGAUCUAUAGCAGAAAAUGGAGUGAGCUCCUCCAGUGCAACAGACAAGUCUCAAAAACUGUCACAGUCUAUGAACUUCCAGAAUGUUGCCACUAGCUCUGUUGAUGAAGGCUGUGCGGCUGGGGAGUCUUUGAAACAAGAAUGUGACUCUCUAGCCAACCAGAUAGCCAGCAGCACCACGACUAAAUUGUCAUCAGCUUCCCCUUCGGUCAGCCAGACCUUCCGAUGGCCUAACCAGCCAGUGAAAAAUUGCAAGACAAUGCACAUAUGCUUACCCCGAAUUGUGAUUUUGUCAAAAGCUGCCUAUUGUUUCCUUGGCUCACAGAAAAGUGGCCAGACACCUUUCUCUUCUGCUUUGUUACCUCAUGCUGACAUGUCUUGGGUGAGCUCGCUGAGGCCUUUGCUUCACAAGGAUAUGACCAGUGAAGAGCAGUCUCUUUACUAUCGACAGUGGACUGCUGCACGGCAACACCAUGCAGACUACAGCAACCAUGGUGAAACUACUAGCAGCAGGAGUUUUCAUCCACGACGGCUACUUCUUACAGGGCCACCUCAGGUUGGGAAAACUGGCUCUUAUCUGCAAUUCCUACGAAUUCUCUUUCGAAUGCUGAUCAGAUUGCUGGAGGUAGACGUAUAUGAUGAGGAAGAUAUUAAUAUCAAUCACGUGGAAGAAAAUGAAAUUGCCCAGGCUGGCAGUGAUCAGUGGCCUGACGUUGAAAUUGUCAGUAAAAUGAAUUUUGAUCUCAGUGUGCAUGAUCCCAAAUAUGUUCUUAUGAGUCCAGUCUACACAGAGCAACUGCAAAAAAUAAAGCAGGAACCCAACAGAGAAGUCAAAGUUGAAGAAUUCAGAAAGCGUAAUACUGUUUCUAUGAUGCUGACGAAGUACGCAGCUUACAAUACUUUCCACCACUGUGAACAGUGCCAUCAAUAUAUGGACACAAAUCCUUCACCUUCGAUGUCUGAUUCUACCCUACAUGCCUUUACAUUCUCAUCCUCAAUGUUAGGAGAAGAGAUUCAGCUACAUUUUAUCAUUCCUAAAUCCAAAGAAAACUAUUUUGUCUUCAGUAAACAGGGCAGACAUUUGGAAAGCAUGCGUCUUCCUCUUGUGUCUGAUAAGAAUUUGAAUGCAGUAAAGAGUCCUAUUUUUACACCUUCAAGUGGACGUCAUGAACAUGGUCUCUUGAAUCUUUAUCAUGCCAUGGAAGGCAUCAGCCACCUCCAUCUUCUUGUGGUCAAGGAAUAUGAAAUGCCACUUUACCGCAAAUAUUGGCCCAACCAUAUCAUGCUGGUUCUACCUGGCAUGUUCAACAAUGCAGGAGUUGGUGCUGCGAGAUUCCUAAUUAAAGAGCUUUCUUAUCAUAACCUGGAACUGGAAAGAAAUCGUUUGGAGGAACUGGGAGUUAAACGUCAGUGUGUUUGGCCAUUUAUUGUUGUAAUGGAUGAUUCUUGUGUCUUAUGGAACAGUCAUGUUGUCCAAGAACAAUCUAGUAGUCAGUGUAUAGAUCAAGGAUCAACCAGUAAAAAUGUAUCUCUAAAGAGUGUUCUACAGCAUAUUGAAGCCACACCCAAAAUUGUCCAUUAUGCAAUAUUGGGAAUCCAGAAAUGGAACAGCAAAUUGAAUUCUAGAGCACUCAAAGUCCCCUUUUCCAGAUGCCACAUACAUGAUUUUAUACUGCUCAACAUAGACCUGACCCAAAAUGUGCAAUAUGAUCUGAACAGGUAUUUCUGUGAAGAUGUAGAUUUUAAUCUGAGAACAAACAGCAGUGGCCUGCUUAUCUGUUGUUUUAACAACUUCAGCCUUAUGAAAAAAUAUAUCCAGGUUGGCGGUCAAAAGGAUUUUGAUAUUAAACCGAAAAUCAUGGUCUCAGAAAGUUUGACUCCACUAAUACCUCUUCAGUAUGUUUGUGCUCCAGACAGCGAGCAUACCCUCUUGGCAGCUCCAGCUCAAUUCCUUUUAGAGAAGUUCCUUCAAUAUGCCACUUACAAGCUUUUCCCAAAGGCCAUCUACAAUUUUAAAAACCCAGUCUUAGCUGUUGAUUGCUAUUUGAAUAUUGGGCCGCAGGUAGCUCUUUGCUAUGUAAGUUCACGUCCACAUUCGGUUAAUGUCAACUGUGAAGGGGUGUUUUUCAGUGGUCUUCUUCUCUAUCUUUGUGACUCCUUUGUUGGACCAGACUUUCUUAAAAGGUUCAAAUUCCUGAAAGGUGCAACACUGUGUGUGAUAUGCCAAGACAGGAGCUCCUUGCGUCAAACCAUUGUGCGAUUAGAGCUGGAAGAUGAGUGGCAGUUCCGUCUGAGAGAUGAAUUCCAAACGGCUAACAGCUCUGAUGACAAGCCGCUCUAUUUUCUGACUGGGCGCCAUGUGUAAAAGCUUGAGUCAAAGGCACAGGAUGCAAGACAACCCGAUGAGCUGAAUUAUCUCUUUUUCCUUCUUUCGGUUAAUGUACAAUCAUUGUGGAGCAAAGUGCAACCCAAGACUUGUGUCCAGUCACUAUUUUAAGGAUUUCCCCGAAUUGAGGCCCAGUUUUAGAAGUUUUCUCUCUUAUUUUAUGAUUGAAAGAGCAUUGAUCUCAAGUUGAUUCCUCCUGGGCCACUGAUUUUGCAGACGAUAUAUCCACUGUGACUAAGAUAUGGAGAAAUCUUUUAAAGGGGAGGGGGGAUGAAAUUACUUUUGGCCUCUGCCAGCUGGAAUUACAGGAGACACAUACAAGGCAAGUGGGCUUGUCUGAAGAUGAUGUACUGAGGAAUGCUGUCCAUUUCUCUUCAUAUCUGUACUUUUUGUACGGUCUAAACUCAGGGGUUUAAAACUACAAAACACAGAUAUUUGUGUUUGAAAGAAUAAACUUUAUUCACUUUCUGUGCAGUGUUAGGUGACGGUUUGUAAUUUUUUUUAAUGUAUUAAAACUGUUUUGGCAAAGUUUCCACAAGUUAAAACGUUUACUUCAAAAGCCUGAACAAAUCAGUGAAUGUAUGGCAGGCAUUUAUAUAAAGAUGCAGCUUGGGGGUAUCGUUAUUGAUUUAAAUCCAGAGAUCCUUUGUGAAGAGAGAAUCUGUGUAGGUGACAUGAUUUUUCUUUUCCCUUCAACAAUAUAUAUGAAACUGGAUCCCAAAGGAGAGGCUGCGUACAAACCUGCUUUUGCAUUCAGAUCAUCACUGACCAUGGUUUGGAAAGUAUCUGUUCAGCCAGCCUAAAUAGAUAGCUUUUGCAUAUUGUUUCCUCAGUGUAUUUAAGCUCCACCAAUGAUUUCUGUCCUCAGUGUUAUGGUAUGUUGUUUUGAAAUGGCUAAAUAACCUUCUUGUUUCUUGCAUAGCUGAAAUUCCAGGAAUUGUUUCUGCAGUGGAUGCCUCACAUGCUUUGGCUUUUUCGAGUGAUGGGGUUAGAAAAUGUUUUGUGCUUUAUGAAGAGCAUUUUACUAUUCUGUGAUGAAGAUACUCAGCAUAGAAUAGGAAAAAACAGGGCUUAGUACUUUAUUAUGUAAUUAAAUUAUAGACGUCCUUUAGGAAUCACUUUCCACUGAAUUGGGACCAACAACAGCAUGCUUUCCAACAAUCUAAAACACACCUGGAAAAGUGGGCCAGUCUAUAUGGUUUGAAGCAGUUGAAUACUGGCUCCAUGGGGCUCAUACAGCUCUGUUCCCCCUAUUUGCCAGUGUGAGCAAAUGGCCAAAUGGAGGCACCAUAACAGGGCAGUAGUCCUGUCUCGAUCUGGCAUCUUGGCACCAUGCUUCUGCUCCAAAGCUCAAGAGAUUUUAGAUGGCACAGAAUUAGGGAAAUGGGUGGUAGGUCCGGAGCAUCUCUUGCUGCAAUGCCUCUUGCACUGCUUGCACAUGUCUGUACUUUGGUGGGGAAUGGGAGAACUGGAGCUUUCCUGAGCUUAGCACAAGUCCUUCAUAUGCAAAUAUCAUGCAUAUGCUUGACUGGAUCAAGCCCUGGACUUUUUAUUUGUUUGAAUUAGGGAGAAAGAGAUGUAUUAAAUUUUAAAUAGGCAUUAAGUUGUGUAAAAGUGAGGUUCUUUGCACCAGCACUUUGUGCUGUGAAAUAUGCUGAGUGUUUAAAUGAGUCUAGUACAAUCAGGUCUUCACACUGCA